AUGACUAUUCCAGACGCCUCUUGUGUUUUGUGUGGAGGAGAUUAUGAAGACGUCAAACACAUUUUCAUUGGCUGCAGCUUUGCUUUUGAAGUAUGGAACCAUAUUAUGAACUGGUGCAAGUUAUCUCCCUUUUUUACAUAUGAUUUUGAGGAUUUACUUUUACUUUAUAAGAAUGUCCAUUGUGGUAAAUGGAGAAAAAAGAUUGUGAGAGGUAUUGUUGGGAUUACUAUAUGGGCGAUAUGGAAAGCAAGGAACGAGAAAAUAUUUCAAGACAAGAAUAAGCUCGCUCGGGAGGUGUUGGCAAAAGUGAAAUCAAUGGCUUUUCUUUGGUUGCAAAAUAGAGCGAAUUUUUCUUGUAUUGUGUGGGAGGAUUGGGCUAAAUACCCAUUGUAUAUGUAUGUGUAA